UGUCCGCGCCCUGGUGCGAAAAUGUCAAGAUGGAAUGGACCAAAACAUUGAACAAAUACACAUCGAAGAAACAAAGAUUACGACCAAAAUUAGUAGCAAGUAUCUCAAUGGAUAUAUUGGCUGUAGAUGUAGGGAUAAAACCAUCAUUUCUCUUUGACUAUUGGGCAAUAACAGCUACUGAAAUGACGAACCUUCUCAAAGAAUUAAGGGACUCGGGACUAACUCAACACAAGCUUCAAGUUUUAGUAUUUAAUCCACCGGAAGAAAAGAACAGUAUGGGCGAUUUUGUACCAGAUGUAUUCAUAUUCGAUAGAAAUUCCACUGUUGACUGGUUAAACAGCGUAUUGAAUGGUGGCAGCCCGGUUACUGUUGUGGACGUAUCCAAGGAAGUUGGACGACCCGUGGUGAAAAUCGACAUUACGGACAUUACGGAGCAAGUGGGUGGAAUUAUUACCCAUAUUCAGCUGAGCAGGGAAUUUGAUGUGGUGGAAAUUCCUACCUCUGCUGAGUGGAAUUUGACCACAUUAUCUGGGGUUCUUUUGGGGUACCCGUUCUCAUACUGGUACCACCCACCUUCCCCUGACGCUGAUAACUGUCUGGGUUAUACACCUCAAGUGAACUAUCAGGUGACCUGUAAGAUGAACACUGACGGUGCCAUAUCAGCUAAGAAAGAGCUUGUGGAUCAUACUUUGUAUUCUUUCAGCAUUCCCCACAGUGUGAACAGUGAAGAAACGAUUAAUUUCUGGUUUAAAAGUUUGCAAGGGAAAUUCCAGAGACAGAAUAUAUUUUUAGAUCCUUACUUAUCACACAAAGAUAUUACUCUUCCAUCUGUGGCUCUUUAAUUAAUUAAAUGUGUCAAAUUGGAUUUUUAAUAUUUUUAAUGUGUUUAUAAAUUAUAGCAAGUGCAAUUGAGUAAAAGAGCAAAUAAUUUAAAGCUGAAUUUUGAUUGUUUUUGUUUUACUUCAUUCUCGUGGAUUUUUUAAAAAAUAUAUCUGUGAAUAUGGGUUUUUAAACAAGUAUUGUUGUUUAAACAAGUGCCAUGUUAAUCCAAAAUUUAAGAAAAGCAGAAUAUGUUCUGACAUUUUCAUUCAAGGAGUAAAGCUUGGCAUUGAAUUUUCAUCUUUAAUAUGUAUAAUUAUUUAAUAAUCACAUUUUUUAUAUUGAAUAAAUUAAGACUUCACCUUGUAAG